AUGAAAGGGGUAUUUGAAACCCGCAAACCUAAACCUAAAUACGACAAAAUUUGGGAUGUUUCGGUGGUUCUGAAACAUUUAUCUUCCCUAUACCCCAAUGAAAAAUUGCCUUUAAAGGAUUUGACAUACAAGGCCCUUAUGCUUAUUCUAUUAGUUUCCAGUCAACGGGGACAAUCGAUACACUUGCUAGAUCUUCAGCAUGUUACCAUGGAAGAAGAUAAUUAUUCCUUUGACCUCGCUGAGCAUAUCAAGACUAGUACUCCCAGGAGCCCACAUACGAAGAUUGACAUUUCCGUUUAUGAGCCAGACAGUACAAUUUGCCCUUUGGCCUGUCUGAAAGCAUAUAUUAACAAGACAAAGAACUUGCGUAAUAGCGAAACUCAAUUGUUUAUUAGUUAUGUAAGGCCCCACAAACCUGUCUCUCGGGACACGGUUUCAAGGUGGACUAAAGAAACUCUUAGAAUUUGUGGGAUUGAUACCAAUGUGUUCACUGCACAUAGCACAAGGUCAGCAUCUGUUUCCAAAGCAAAUGAAAAGGACGUCCCUAUCCACGAGAUCAUGGCUAACGCGGGCUGGAAGUCCGCAGAGACCUUUCGUAAAUAUUACAACAAACCUGUUGUUCAAGGAAACAGACUAACUGCCGCUAUUCUUGGCCAGUGA